AUGAGGCUGUCUAGGCGAGUAGGAGAUGCCGCGGAGCCGCGCAAGAGCCUGAAGCCACUGCUAGAGAAGCGCCGGCGCGCGCGGAUCAACCAGAGCCUGAGCCAGCUAAAGGGGCUCGUAUUGCCCCUUUUGGGCGCGGAGACUUCCCGCUCCGCGAAGCUGGAGAAGGCAGACAUCCUGGAAAUGACCGUGCGCUUCCUGCAGGAGCAGGAGGCGUCCGUCUACACCGCCUCAGCGCCGGGAGCUUUGGAUAGCUACCUCGAGGGCUACCGAGCCUGCCUGGAGCGCCUGGCCCGCGUGCUGCCGGCCUGCAGCGUCCCGGAGCCGGCCGUGAGCGCGCGCCUGCUGGAGCACUUGCGGCAGAGGACUGCUGCUGGCUCAGCCUCACAGCAGCCACCACCCGCCGCAGCUUCAGCUCCCUCUCUGCCGGUGACUCCUCCUGGCAGUCCUGGCCUCUGGCGGCCAUGGUAG